AUGGGAAGAUAAUGGGGAUACAUUUUAUUUAUUUUUAUCGUUUUUAAUGAGAGUACGUUUUUGAUUAAUAAUUAUAUGAAAUUCAUUAUUGUUGUUUUAUUCGCUCUUGCAGCAACAACCUAUGCUUCAAAAACAUAGGACCAAAUCCUUGCUUUAUUAUAGACUGGAACAAAAGCAAGUGAUGCUAUUGAUACAGUUUUUGGCUUACUCAAUGAUUUAAAGCAAUCAAAUAUUGAUGCUUAAUUUGCUGCAGAUUAAAAGAAUGAAACAGAUGAAUGGGUCGGUGCAUAAACUAUCGAACAAUUCACAAAGAUUAAAAGUCUGAACUAAAAACUUUUUAGUUAAGCCAUUGAGAAUAGAGCCAAUUAUGAAGAAGUUCUUAAAUAAACAAAGAAUUAUUUAGCUUGGAAUGAAGCUAGAAGAGAUGAAAUCGCAAGAAAAAUUGAUGCUCUCUAAGAUAAUUAAUGCUUUAGCAAUUAACUUUUCGUCAAAUCCAUUAAACACAACUAAGAAGCUCUUGAAGUCAUCAGACUCUUAAAAUAAGACGUUGCUGGUUACAUCAUCAAUGGAGACUCAUUUGAAUUUACCUAAGUCAAGGCCUAAUCAGUUGCUGAGAAAUUGAAACAAUACAGCAAUCUUUUCUAAGACCAUCAAAUUAAAUCCUUUUUGGCCUUAGCUAAUGGACAAGAAGAAGGAGCAUCAUCUGGUCAUGGAGCUACCUUAGCUGAAAAAGUAUUGGGUGUUCUUGAAGGAUUAGAAUCUGAAUUGUCUGCUUCAUUGGAAAACUUGAAGUAGAAUGAAAUCAAUGCAUCAUGGGAAUUAGCCGGAUGGGUUUCAUUAUCUGAAGCUGAAAUUUCUUCCUUGGAGGUUGAAUAUGAGAGAAAAUAAGUCUUUGCUGACAGAACUGCUACUUAAAUCUAAGCUGCUUUGGCCUAAUAAGCUAAAUCAAAGAUCAUCUUAUAAGAAUCUCAAGACGCCUUAGAUUAAGCCCAAGCUGACUUAGAAAGCAGAAGAGCUGAUUAUGCUGAAGCCAAGGCUAAGAGACAAGAGGAGAAUGCUAUUUUAGAUGAAGUCAUCAUUAUGUUCAAAAAAUAAGUUGCCUCAUGGUCUGGAAGAUGAAAUUGAUAUAUUUUAUCAUAUAUUACAAUCAUUAAUCAAGAAUUUUACCUUACAAGUAAUCAUGAUUAAUAAAAUUAA